GUUGAAGGUGCAGAAACCUAGAUGGGAGGACACCCAGCAUAUGGGAUACAUUCGCCCAUGCAGGGAAUAUGCAUGGAGCCAGUGGGGACAUAGCAUGUGAUGAGUAUCAUAAAUAUAAGGACGAUGUCCAGCUCAUGGAAGACACGGGUUUAGAAGCCUAUAGGUUUUCCAUAUCAUGGUCAAGGCUUAUCCCAAAUGGAAGAGGAGCUGUUAAUCCAAAGGGUUUGCAAUAUUACAACAAGCUCAUCAAUGAGCUAAUCAGCCAUGGAAUACAACCACACGUAACAUUACACCACACUGAUCUUCCUCAAGCACUUGAAGAUGAGUAUGGAGGAUGGGUUAGUCGGAAGAUUGUGAAAGACUUCACGGCAUAUGCAGAUGUAUGCUUCAGGAAGUUUGGUGACAGGAUAUCAUAUUGGACUACAAUGAAUGAGGCCAAUGUGUUCGUGCUUGAGGGUUAUGAUACUGGAUUUCUUCCUCCUCAGCGAUGUUCACCUCCAUAUGGAGGUAACUGCUCUACAGGAAACUCCUCAACUGAGCCGUACAUGGCAGCUCAUCAUAUCCUGCUGGCACAUGCGUCAGCUGCUAGAUUAUACAAGAAACGAUACCAGGACAAGCAGCAUGGUGUUAUAGGGCUCAAUGUCUUUUGCUAUUGGUUUAUUCCUCUAACAAACAGUACUGAAGAUAAAAUUGCCACUCAAAGAGCCAAAGAUUUUUACUUGGGUUGGUUUGUGGAUCCCUUGGUAUUUGGAGACUAUCCUCAGACCAUGAAAAAGAUUGUAGGCUCUAGACUUCCAUCCUUUACCUAUGCUGAAUCCAGUCAGGUUAAGGGUUCAUUUGACUUCAUUGGAGUGAAUCAUUACAUCACAAUGUAUGUCAAUGAUAACCCAAGCGGCCUAAAUAUGGAAGACAGAGAUGUUUUGGCAGACAUGGCGGUACAGUUUACAAGAAUUCGAAAUGAUACGUCCAUAUUUGAGUAUCCAAUUGCACCCUGGGGUCUGCAAGGAAUCCUGGAGUAUAUCAAGCAAUUUUAUGGCAACCCUCCUGUCUACAUUCAUGAAAAUGGUCAACGAACAAGACGUAAUUCAACACUGGAAGACUGGCCUAGGGUAAAAUAUUUGCAUGGAUAUAUUGGCAGUUUGCUUGAUGCAUUGAGGAAUGGAUCAAAUACAAGAGGUUAUUUUACAUGGUCCUUCUUGGAUUUAUUUGAAAUGUUGGAUGGCUAUGAAUCAAGCUACGGCCUAUACUUUGUGGAUUUGGAUGACCCGGAUUUAAAAAGACAACCUAAGCUCUCUGCUCAUUGGUACUCCAAUUUCUUGAAGGGGAAAAACAUCAGUUCUGAUGGAUAUAUUGAACUUCAAAAGAAUAUAUCUGCAGUUUCCCCUUAUUUACUUGAGUAGAUUAUGCUUUGUACAUGUACUUUGUAUAAUGGUUUGUUUAUUAUUCUCUCUCUCUCUCUCUCUCUCUCUCUUUUUUUUUGUCAAAGUAUACGAACUAACAGUGUGCUGCUUUGUAGCAUUUUUUCAUUUGUACACAAAAUAGUAUAUAGAUAUCUUUGGUGUUCUUCAAUAUAUUUAAGUGAGACAGAUAGAGGCCCUUUCUGAUAUUGCCGACAAUUUCAAGGACAACAACUAUUCACUUCUUCAAAAGUCAUCUACUUUAAUACGUGGAGAUCUCUAGUACAAUGCAUUACAGAAGGCCUUAUCUCCAUGUGUGUUUGGCUAACUUAUAUUUUGGUAGCUUAUUUAUCAGGGAGUAUUGGAUUGAAUGAAAUAUGCAAAUGAACCAAAAUGGGUUAAAAGUAUGAACUUUUUUAUAUUUUCUUGUGCGGUUUGUCAGAAACUGAAGAUGGCAACGCUGGGUAGUGCAAGGGAGGAUGACCAGCUCUGGUGAGUUCUUGUUUUGGUCCAAAAAAAUACAGGCUUAUUUUAUGGUGCUUUUGUUGCUAAAUAAAAUUUUUGGAAAAAAUUUCUCACUUUUGGCAACCCAUGGUUCACAUGAGUCCACUACUAACACCAUUUUUAUUGUGCAUCAAUCAAAUAGACCAAGUCAAAAAUUAUGAAAAAAUAUAUAUAUAUAUCUGAAAUUUUUUUUCUCACUCGAAUUACUGUUUCAAUUAAUAAAAAUAUAGAGGUAAAUUCCACUAACAUAUCCUGAGGUUUUGACUAAUGCCAACCAAGUUCAAAACUUUUCAAAACUAUCUAGUUUGGUUCCUAAAGCCAACUUAGUCCCUAAAUAGAUAGUUAUUUUUUCUCAACUGUUUUAGGGAUUGAACUGGCUUUAGAGACUAAAUUGGUUAGUUUUGAAAAGUUUUGGACUUAGUUGGCAUUAUCUCAAAUGGAAUUUACCCAAUAUAUAGAUAUAGAGUACUUUUUUUUUUUUUUUAGAGUACUAGAUAUAGAGUACUUGGUUGCAGUUAAUCCAAGUAGAGGCUUAUAAUACCAAGCAUAGAGUGCAAUUCAAUCCUGUCUUUACCAUGCUUUCUCAAAGUCAAAUAAAAAUAAAAAUCUGGCCAUAAAUUAAAGCUAUGUGAAUGCCGUAGGACGGUAGGACUCAUGAAUGGACAAAUCCAAUAAGAUUCUUUUUUUUAAGGAAUCCAAUAGGCAUCUAAAACUAUGUUGCGUAUGUUCUUUAACAACAUAUAUGUAUAUAGAGAGAGAGUACUGCGAGGCUCCUACUAAACAGGAGGAAAAUGUU